UUGGUUUGCAGAGUAUGCCAGCCCAGCCCAGCCCCUUGAAUGAACUAGGUGAAGAAAAAAGCCCUAAAAAUCAAAACUGGCUAGAAAGUUGCAGAGUGGUGGUGAGUUAGAAACGUGAAAGAUGGCUACUCUUCCUCUUCUCCGACCAUGCUGCUUCCUUCCCACUCCCACCCUCAAACCCUCACUCACAAGACCCACACCCUUCUUACCUCUCAAAUCGAAGAAGAACCCUCAAAACGGCGCCGUUGGGACUCGCAUGUCGAACACCGCAACUCCACCACCGACGGAGCGGCUAAUCUCAAUCGCAUCCUACGCACUCCCAUUCUUCAACUCCCUCCAGUACGGCCGCUACCUCCUGGCGCAGAACCCUACCCUGGCCGUCCUCUUCGACCCCAUCGUGCCCCUCCUCGCCUUCUACAGAUCCAUCCCUUACUCCUCCUUCGUCGCCUUCUUCGCGCUCUACUUGGGGAUCGUCAGAAACCCUAGUUUCCCCCGCUACGUCAGGUUCAACGCCAUGCAGGCCGUCACCCUGGACGUCCUCCUCGUCCUCCCCCUCCUCUUCCACCGCAUCUUCUCCCCCGCCCGCGGCGGCCCCAUCCUCGUCUGGUCCAGCAACGCCAUUUUCAUCUUCAGCCUCAUCUGCUUCGUUUACAGUGUUGCUUCUUGCGUCUUGGGACGCACGCCGCACUUGCCUUUUGUCGCCGACGCUGCUUCUAGGCAAAUUUGAUUUUCCCUUUUCUUUGUGCUUUCUUCCUUGUAUGCAUACAGGUUGCAAUAUGAAUUCUAAAGUAAUUAUUAUUGUAAAAUGUAUGUAUUUCAAUUAAAUACAAUCUAUCGGUUUAUUUUUAUAA